AUGGCCAACCAAUCUCCGCCACCCCUCGCCUCCGCACCGCCGGACGACUCGCUGCUGCUAUUUCUGACCCUGCUCCCGGGCCCGGCCUUGUCGCACGAGCUGUUUCUGCGUUCGUCGGCUGUAGAUGUCUUGGACCACAAUCUUAGCAAUGGGUACCCCAAUGUCGCCAAUCCGAGUCAGAAUAGCAACAACAGCACCGCCAGCUUCGGCAAUGCGCUCGGCGGCGGCUACUCCUCCUUUGCCGCGGGCUCGUCGCUUCUUGCUGGCGCCGGGACUGCCAACGGCUACUCCAACACCACUAUAAAUGGAAACAGCGCCGGAAUGUCCACCAGUCUCAACAACAACACCAACAGUAGUCUCAACAACAGCAUCAACAUUAAUAAUAUCAACAGUAAUAUCAAUAAUGGCAACGGGAAUAACACCGUCAACGGGAACGGCUACAUUGCCUUUGGCCUGGCAGGGUCGGGAAGCUCCUCGUCAAUGUUCCCCCAAUCCGGCGGCAUCGACAUCCCGCUGACGUCGCUGCUGCUCCUCAACACGUCCGGCGCCAUCCCCGUGCUGUCGUCGUCCGCGUCCGCGCGCCGCGCCCGCUCGGGCCUGUUGUUUUCCACCAACUCCAUCUGGAACGACGAUGCGUUGCUGCUCAACUCGCCCUCGCGCGCAUCCUUGAACGGCGGCAUGCUCGACUUGUUCCCCGAUAUGGCGUCUGCGUCUGUGUCUGCGUCUGCGUCCGCCGGCGCUGCCGCGGGCCAGUCGUCCGCAUUCAUCAGCCCGGUGCUUGCUGCGCAGCCGCUGUCUCUCACGACCCGCAACCGUUCGCACACCACCUCCACACAUCCGAUGGCGUUUGGCGUGAAGCCGCCGGGCGAUGCUGCGGCGCGGAUGAGCGUUUCGCCGUUCCUCACCGCGGUUCCUGAGCCGUCCUCGCUUUUGGAUAACCUCGUGCUCAACAUGAACGAGCCGCCGGCCUCGCAAACUUCCGCCCGCAACCGCUCGCAAACGUACCUGGGCGUCACGCCAAAGCUUCCCGAACUGACGUUGGCCAUGGGCGCCUUCGCCCGUGCCUCUCAACACCAGCACCUGCAACAACACCAACAGCCUCAUUUGCAUGCAAUGUCCUCCCAGAGCGCCUACGCAGAUUCCAUCGGGAACCAGCUGUUUGACUUUCCCCUCGCAUAUGCCUCCAAGGAGGCGUUGCAGGACGAUUUCGACAUCUUCGACUUAAACAUCACCACCAGCUUCGAUAACCCUAACUUGGGCCCCACCCACACUUUACUUCUCGAUAAUCUUCCGCAUUUCAUAGACGCCGCUGGCUUGCACAAGCUCUUGAGCAGCCCUCCUGCGUCUGCUGCAUACCACAACUCCGGCAUCACCAGCGUGCGCGUCAGUCUGAGGUCCAACUCGAAAUUGGCCUUGGUCGAGUUUGUCUCCAUCGAGGCUGCCAUGUCCAUCAAGGCUACCUUCAACCAUUUGGAGCUUAUGCCUGGCGUCAUCAUGUACGUUGCAUUCGCCAGGGUCGGAGACAAACAGCAAGCACCUUCUCUUCCUCUGGCCCCAGUGUCUGCUGGCGGCCCCCUCAUUUCACCUGCCCCUUCACACCCCGUGAACGGCGCCCACACUGUAGAGUCCAUUAAAAAACCUUCUCCCCCUAGAUCCAUCGAGCAAAAGAGCCCAUCUGAGAAUGUCGUGGAAUCCUUGAUGGACACUGUUUCGAGACUUUCGGCCUCUCAGCCAAUUGAUUUACAGAAAGUGGUCUCCAUGAUUAAAAAAGCCGCUGCUUUCAACAACAGCAAAUACCAACAGAACUUUGGGCCUCUCCCAGAGCCACUGAUGACCCGCCAGUUCGAUGCUCCUAAAUUGAGAGAGCUCCGUAAGGUCCUCGAAAACAGCGAGAAGCAGGCUUUUGGCCAGUCUGCGUCUGAUACCGAGGCAAACGGAGACCUCGAGACCAUGUCUCAAAUAGAACUAGAGGAGCUCUGUCUCUCCAUGCUUGAUGAGUUGCCUGAAAUCUGCUAUGAUCACAUCGGAAAUACUGUGGUUCAGAAAUUGUUUACUGUCGUCGAUUCCCCUGUGAUCAAGCUAGUCAUGGUCAAAGAAAUCGCUCCAUACUUUGCCCAACUUGGUAUUCACAAAAACGGGACUUGGGCAAUUCAAAAGAUCAUUAAUAACUCUUUAAACGUUUGUCUUCCCAAGGUGCUUAUUGCUGAUAGCUUGAAGCCAUAUGCUGUUAAGUUGUUCAACGACCAGUUCGGUAACUAUGUAUUGCAGUGUUGUUUAAAAUUCGGCUCCCCUUUCAACGACUUCAUCUUCGAAACGGUUUACGAUAAUUUCUUGGAGAUCAGUUGUGGAAGAUUUGGAGCCCGGUGCUUGAGAGCGAUCUUGGAGACGUCCAACGAACAAAACUCCACGAACUCGGGCAUUGUGUCCAACGAGCAGUUGUUCUUGAUUGCAAGCUUGAUAGUGGAGAAUGCGCCAGACCUUAUUGUCAACAACAAUGGCUCUUUGCUCAUCACUUGGUUCCUCGACACAUUCAGCGGAUGCAAAAAUGCAGACUAUGAUUUCAGAUACAGUUUGCUCUGCGACAAGUUGAUGUCAUCAUUGGACGUCUUCUGCUCGCACAAAUUGGCCAGCUUGACGAUAUACAAAAUCUUGAACAACCGCACGGACUUUGGCGCCAAACAAAAGAUCAUGAACGCCAUAUUCGGCACCUUCAAUGAACAUGACGAGCAGUUCAGUAUCACCACAGACUUGUUGGAGUCGAUUUUGCAAGACUCCACCGAGAACAACUCGGGUCCCUUGUUUAUCUACAAGAUCCUCAGCAACCCUUCUUCAUUCACUAUUGGCAAUGACAAUGUCAACCAGAAGUACCACCAUUUUGUGGUGUCACAGGUGAAGAAGGUUUUGUUGGACAUCAACAUCGUCAAUCAACAGCCAUACAAGAAAUUGAUGGACGAGGUUGGAUUGUCGCCCAACAAAAUUAAUAAGUCGAUGCCCGGCGGCAGGAAGACCAAACGCGGCGGAGUCAACCACCACCAAGGCAUGGGCAACAGAAUGGGCAACAAGCAAGGCAUGGGCAAUCUUGGAAUGGGAAUGCCAUAUCCCCAUCCAUCACAAAUGAUGGCACCCGCCAUGAACUACAACACAUACCAGAACGGCCCCACGAUGUAUGCGCCUAAUAUGCCUCCAUAUGGAGGUUCAGGAUACAACGGAGCUGUAGGAUACGGAUAUCCUGGACAAUUCGCUCCCGAGGCGGCCAUGCAACAAGCGCUGCGCGAACAGGACUUUAGCGUGAUGCGCGAGUUGGAACAAUUGACCUUGAGUUCCGUGGCCAUGGGAUAUGGAUCGAAUCCUCAAACACCACUGGCCGGCGUUGGAGUCGGCCAGAACGGGCUGUUUUUUUAG